CUUCCAGUAGAGGCGCUUCAAUCGGUGACACGGCAUUCCUACAGACAAAUCAGCUGCUCUCGGGAGCUGCCACAAUCCGUUGCGAGUGUUGUUGCUUGUUCUACAGGAACGUUCAUCUAUACAAGGAAUUAUUAUUACUUACAAUCAGGUCACGUCCGAGAAAAGUGGUUAAUUGUGUGUAGUUUCAGCGCUCCACACAUCGAGAAGACUUUUCUCCUGGGAUGUGGCGAGCCCGACCCUCGCCUGCCUCUCGAGACGCCGGCCACUGGCUCUGCCAGUCAACUUCCAAUCGGUGAUUGCACCCGACGCCCAAUGACAGGUUUUGCCCGGCAUUGCGAUCUUGUGCGCAUGCGUAGAAAGCCGGCCUUCCUGACCGGGGCCAUGCAGAUCCCGCCCCUCGAGUUCCACGUGCACGAGCGGGAGGGCCGCGAGGAGAUGGGCGCGCGCUGGCACGAGGCGACUGCCGCCCUGGGCGCGCCGCGCCGCGUGGGCGCCGCCGGCCCGCCGCUGCCCUGGUGGGCGCGCGCCCACGACGCCCCGCCCGCCCAGCCCGUCUUCGUGGGUGCGCCUCGCCCUCCCUCGCCCCACAACACGUGCGCAGGGCACUCCAGCCAAGUAGUCACUAGGGCAGCU